AGUAUUACAGAGGAAAUAGUAUUACGUAUUUCCUGCGAAAGUGCAUGGCGGAGUCUGAGUAAAAUCAAAAAGUCACCUUAAUAACUAGUUAAUGGACAAACUUGUGAAGGGAUGCCUCACUAAUACGUUGUGUAAGCCUCAAACUGAGAUUUUACUGAGUCUGGAUUGUUUAUUUAACGCUACGAUUUGGCCAUGGCUCAUGGAUUCAGAAGCAGCAAGCAAGAUUUUGCGUUCGGACCGUGGAAGAUCACUGCUACAAAAACGCACAUAAUGAAAUCGAAAGAUAUUGAACGUCUAGCAGAGGAAAUGCACAUGCCCUCUCUUCCAGAGAUGUUGUUCGGGGAUAAUGUCUUGCGCAUUCAGCAUUCAGACAGCUUUGGCAUAGAGUUCAACGCUAUCGAUGCCCUCAAGCGUGUAAACAAUCUGCAGGACUCUGUGAAAGUUGCCUGUGCUCAGGAGUGGCAGGAGAGCAGGGCGGAUUCCGAGCACUCCAAGGAAGUGGUAAAACGCUAUGACUGGACAUACACCACAGAUUACAGAGGUACGCUGCUAGGAGACGACAUGAGAAUAACCGCAACGCCGACAACUGAGCGCAUAGACUUGGAGAAGCUGAAGGCGAGGGAGCAGAUCGUGUUCUUCGAGGACGUGCUGCUGUUCGAGGACGAGCUCCACGACCACGGCGUGUCAAUGAUCAGUGCAAAAAUCCGAGUGAUGCCCACAAGCUUUUUCCUGUUGCUACGGUUCUUUUUGCGCGUUGAUGGUGUGCUCAUCCGCAUCCAUGACACCAGGCUUUUUCACGAGGCCGGCAAGGAUUUCAUGUUAAGGGAGUUUAGUGCGCGGGAGAGCAAAAUCUCAGAACUGAAACAUGUCCCACCGGCUCUGUUCACAGAUCCCAACGAGGUUGCCCAGUAUCUUCCUCUGCACUUGACCGAGUGUGAGAAACUGGUCUUUCCGGUGAAGGAAUGAGUCGGACUCAACGCGCAUCUAAGCUUGAUCUAAGGGGACUAAUUCAAAUGUGACUAAUCAAAUUGUCUUGCGUUUCUGAGGUUUUAAACACAUAUGCAUACCUUGCAACACACCCAACUCGACACAAUUAUUUCCUUCAUUUGAAUUUAAAUGUCAGUGCGUUUGAAUAAUAAAUUGGCCAUGUUGUAUGUUAA